UGUAUGUGAGCGCGUGUGCGUACGUACGUGUACGCGCGAUCUCGCUAUAAGCGACGAGCCGGAAUCGUCGGAUAUGCGUGCAUACGUAAUAGAAACGUAAAUUUAUUGUAUAUCGUACCUCCUGCCUGACUCGACUUACGAGGGGAUUAACGCGCACAAGGAAUUGCGAUUUGGAUUCUCGGCGGGCGAGAGCCAGAAACAGUGUUUACGAUAUCGAUAGUCCGAGUGAGAUUCGCGAUGCCACACUGGGUGAACCAGUCUAACGGGCGAUUUUGCGAAUGGCACGAUUAAUGGAAAAGAGAAAUACUCGCGGGAAUUAAAGUCUCUAGUCAUCAGGCAUUCUCCAUUGAGGACCGGUAUUUUUUUUCCCGUCGCGAGUGUGUAAAUGCGCGAUUAACGAUUGUAGAAGGUACGAAAGAAAUCGCGGGUGGUUAGAGAUUCCUCAAGAUUUCAGGAUGCAUCGCAAAUUAAGGUUCGAGGUGGAAUAUCUGACGGAGGAGCAUCUUACGGGGUUCGAAAGUUAUAAGUAUAGCUCCCUGGAUACAAGCCCUCUAAGUGUUUAUGUUAUGCAUCCCUUUUGGAACAAAGUAGUACAGUAUUGUCCAAAAUGGGUUGCACCAAACGUACUAACUUUCACUGGAUUUCUUUUUACCGUGUUGAACUUUAUGUUAUUUGCUGGUUACGAUUACUAUUUUUAUGCGUCCAGUGAUGACAACCCAGAAUACCCACCAAUACCGCAAUGGGUUUUUGCUGUGGCUGCUUUUAACAUUUUCAUGGCGUAUACGCUUGAUGGAAUAGACGGUAAGCAGGCAAGACGUACGCAAACUUCUGGGCCUUUAGGAGAGCUGUUCGAUCAUGGGUUAGACAGUUGGACAGCCAUGUUGAUUACCGUGUGCAUGUACUCGGUCUUCGGCAGAACGGAUCACAGCGUUUCGCCGUUACGAAUGUACUUCAUACUGUGGAACGUAUUCAUUAAUUUUUACCUGAGCCACUGGGAAAAAUAUAACACGGGUGUCCUAUUUCUUCCUUGGGGAUACGAUGCUUCCAUGCUAGCAACUGUCAUAGUAUUUACUCUUACCAGUAUAGGUGGACAUGAAGCCUGGAAAUUUGAAUUGCCAGGCGGUAUAUCAGCGGGAAUGAUGUUUGAAAUGUUGUUUUACGUCAGUGCGCUCGUGUCCAAUUUGCCGGUUGUUCUAUGGAACAUAUACAACUCCUACAAAGAUAAAACUGGCAAAAUGAGGACAUUUCCAGAAGCUAUAAGACCCUUAGUACCUUUGCUUCUGCUCCUCGCGAUUUCCACCAUCUGGAUAGUACACUCUCCAAACGAUAUUUUAGAAAAAGAUCCCAGAAUAAUAUAUUUCGCCAUUGGCACUAUCUUCUCUAAUAUAUGCUGUCGAUUAAUUGUAUCGCAAAUGAGCAAUACCAGAUGCGAGAUAUUACCAUGGAUACUGCUGCCGGUUGCAGUAGGUGCCAUUUUCUCAUUUAUCUUGCCUAGUGUAGAUCUGGAAUGUAUGUAUUUAGUGUCUACAGUGGCCUUGGUGGCACACAUCCAUUAUGGCGCUUGUGUGGUAAGCAAUAAAAAACUUGAUACGAUUUGCAAGACAUCUUCGUACACUUUCAAGUCAUCGAUACUUCACAUCGUCACUUCUAUGUUGAUUUGCAGGUGCGCCAGAUGUGCCGUCACUUCCGUAUUCAAACGUUCUCCAUAAAGGAUCACUCCGAUUGACUACUUGCCGACGAUACAUGUUAAAGACGAAAGAAGAGGAAAAACCGUGAGCAAAAAGUGCGACAAAACCUGGUAACUAGAGGCAAGCAGCGGGGGAAAGAGAUCUGACAUACACGCGCGUACGAACCUCUUAUUAGCAUUAAUUACCGAGAAUUAAUUAUGAGGAAAAUUAUUUAUCGAGUAAGCAAUUCCUAGAAUCACGUCCUCUACUUUACGAAGACAACACACAAGUUGAAAACACAAGGCAACGCAAGGAGUGCUGCUCGCAGAGAUUUCAUGGCGGUUUUUAUUUUUGUUCAUACACACACACGUUCACACAUCUAACAAUCGUACCUGCUGAAUCGUGUAAAUCCGUUCGAUCAUCUUACUGUGAUAUAUUUAGUUAUCCGCAUUACACUGCUUUGCCUCCGACAGCACCGACUGGUCCAUGAGCGUGUUCUAUCACGUACUUCGCGCAAAACACUUGGACCACGCGUGCAUACUUUUUCUUUGGAUGCUCAUCGAGCGGUAUAUCAACCAUAAAGAUGCACCUCUUCGUUUUUGACAUGUAUCGUCCCUCGGACAUUAUUGAUCGCUAUUCUAAAAUUACAUAUCUGUAUUUACUUUUCUCUCUUUCUUCUCUCUCUCAUUCUAUUCUCUUUUCUUUUUCGUGUUUGAAACCUGUAUAAAAAAAAAAUCGUUAUCGGCAAUUUGUAUACAUUUCAAUUGUAAGCUAAUGUAUAUGUUGCAUAGUAGUACUUCGUGUUGCAUUUAGUACAAGUUAAUGUAUAUGACAAGCAAAAAAAAGGAAUCGAGUGUAUAUUAAGGUUUGUACGAACAAGGAGAUUAAUAAUUUUUUUCAUCCAUUAUUUAAACCCCAGAAUGGAAAUGUUUAAUUGCGAUUGUAGAUACGAUAAUAUUUUCGAAACAUGCAAAAUAAAAUGUGUGAAGAUAUACCAGAAAGG